UUCAUUCCGCGCAUGCAAUUUUAUUUGUGUACGUUUUUCAUUGCUGUCAAAAAUAUUUAUAUGUUAUUUUUUUGUUUAAUAAACUUGUUAUUAUUAAAGUUAAAUUUUAAAAGCACUUAGUGUAAAUGCAACAAGUGAAAUAAAUUUCCGCUAAAAGAAAAGUAAAAAAAAAAGAUAAUGGAACAACUACAAACUGCGUUAACAACUGUCAAAGUUCUUCGCUCAAGUGUUGGUCAAGUUUUUGAGUCUCUCGCAAAUGGUUUGAGAGCUGAUCAUGGAGAAGAAAAUAAAGAAACAAAAUAUCUUUAUGAACUUCAAGAACUAGUAAAUACAGUGGGGCUUAGUUUAAGAGAUGUGGAACAAGCUAUCAAUAGUUUGAAUCCACCACCAGGUCCAUUCAAUUUGGCAAGUACAUCUUUUCUCGGUCAGGAAACAACUCAAGAGAGACAGGCACUUUAUAGUUCGUUAAUAAAUAGUUAUAAAUGGACGGAUAAAGUUCAUGAAUACAGUAAUAUUGCUCAGUCCUUGUUAAGUCAAAAUAAUUUGAAACGUUCCUAUACGAAUGCUAGCAGAGGAAAGAGAGGUAGAAUACAGACGAGCACGCAUAAUUUAUCUCCACAGCAAGUUGAUUCAGUUAUAACACAAUUCGAUCGACUUUUCACUGAUAUGACAUUUUCCAUUUCACGACCUUUUGCAUCUAAUGCAAUUUUGCACAUAACAUUGGGACAUAUUUUAAAAGCAGUUGUUGCAUUUAAGGGGAUAAUGGUUGAAUGGGUCGUAGUUAAGGGCUACAAUGAAUCAAUGGAUCUUUGGACGGAAUCACGUUAUAAAGUUUUUCGAAAAGUCACUGAAAAUGCUCACGCUGCAAUGCUACAUUUUUAUUCGCCAGCUCUUCCUGAAUUAGCAUUACGAUCUUUUAUGACCUGGCUUCAUAGUAUGAUCUCGUUAUUCAAUGUACCAUGUAAACGUUGUGGUUUACAUUUACAUGGCGCCUUGCCUCCAACCUGGAGAGAUUUUCGUACCUUGGAACCAUUUCAUCAAGAAUGCAAACCCUAGUAAUAAAUUAAUAUAAUAACAAUUAAUUAUAAUUGUAAAUACAAAUAGUAAAAAGAAGAUCUUCAAAAUAGGUAAAUUUAUACCAUUCAGCUUGCUUUGCAAGACUACUAAAAAAAAAUUCUUUUUUAAAAUAAAUUAGCGCCUAAUUAAAAGAAAUAAGGCCUUAAAGUAUAAAAUUGUGAUUUGAUAAUUUUUUAAUAAAAGGAAAUAAAUUGAUGGUAAAUA